UGCUUUUAUUUUAGGUUAAGCAGCAGUGGUUGUGAAAUUAUGGUCCAGGGAGCUGUUUCAGGACCCGGAGAGGGUCCUUGGUGUAUUUAAGUACAAAACAUCCAGUGUUCCAGUAAAACAUUGUAUAAGUGGACAAUAUGUGACACGGCUACUUGAGAGGCUUUUCAUAGUAUAGGCUAAGCAGAUUAAAUCACAUUUUUUGGGUCUGAGCAGAUUUUGGGAACAAUCGUGGACUCCUUUGCAAGCUUGAGGAUUCAUCGGCACGAGCUGAAAGGUGCAGCCGAGUGCACGUUUUCUGAAGCGCCGGGCAACCCUGUCCAGCUUCAGCCCGGUCCAGCUUCAGCGUCUCUCUCUCUCAAACGUGCCAUUCAGAAUUAGGCUACGAGCGAGGAGGAAGCGCGACACCCUUAAGCCUGAUUUAGCAGCCGAUGCUCCACAUUUCUGCUUCACAAUCCCAAAGUGGGUUUAUAAUACAGUUGCACUGAAAGUUUGUAGGUUAUAGGGUGUAAAUGAAACGGCGUUACUCCGGAGUAAGAGCAGAGUGAAGGAGGGCGGAGAGGCAGGGAGACAAAACACAACCUGGGCAUUGUGCUCUCAAACUACGCCCCUUCCCAAACCAACACAUUCGAACAGGAAAAUGACAAGGAUAAAAUCAUUUUGGGCUACGGAACAUGCAGGUGGCAAUUAAAACAUCUUAAGACCUGCUGCUUGGAACUUUAUUAUUUCUAUUUCGCAGCGAUCUUCAGGUUAAGUCUCAGAGACGGAAGAAAAGUCAUGCCGUUUCUGUUUCGGUCACUGGGUUUCGGGGUUGUAGCGUUGCUGGCACUGUUUUUUAUUUUCGCAGAUUUUUCUGAAUUUAAAGAAGAAACCGGGAAUCUUGGAGGUACAAGGAAACUUCAAACAUUGCUUCUGAAGUCCAACAGAAACUUUGUUCCUGAGACAGUGCCCACUUCAUCACUGAAUGCUCUGGACCAUAAGACACCCCAGUCCCCAAGCAGUGCUGUUCCAGUGGCCUCUGGCUGGCAUUUCAACAAGACCCUCUCAAACCUGAUAAGGAAAAACAUCUUGAAGUUCUUGGAUGCCGAGAGGGACAUCUCAAUUCUGAAGGGCAUUUUGAAACCCGGAGAUGUCAUCCAUUACAUCUUCGACCGUCACAGCACCAUGAACGUCUCUGCCAGCCUGUACCAGCUCCUACCCACGGUGUCCCCCAUGAAGAAUCAGCACCACAAACGCUGUGCCAUAGUGGGGAACUCGGGUAUCCUGCUCAACAGCAGCUGUGGCCCAGAAAUUGACUCUCAUGAUUUUGUCAUCAGGUGUAACCUGGCCCCGGUGGAGGAAUACGAGCAUGAUGUGGGUCUGCGCAGCAGCCUGGUCACCAUGAACCCGUCGGUGGUUCAGCGUGCCUUCCGCGACCUGGCCAGCCAGCUGUGGCGGGAUCACUUCCUGCAGCGGCUGCGCAGCAUCGCCGGCGGGGUGCUGUGGAUCCCGGCGUUCAUGGCCAAGGGCGGCGAGGAGCGUGUCGAGCUGGCGGCUAGGCUCAUCCUGCGACACAGCCUGGACGUGCGGCCUGCUUUCCCCUCACUGCGGCUGCUCGACGCCGUCAGAGGGUACUGGCUGACAAACAAGGUCCAAAUUAAGAGGCCGACGACGGGUCUUCUGAUGUACACCAUGGCGACCCGGUUCUGUGAUGAGAUCCACCUGUACGGAUUCUGGCCCUUCGCCCUUGGACCCCAGGGGAACCCGGUGAAGUACCAUUACUAUGACAGCCUGACGUACGAGUACACGUCGCAGGCCAGUCCUCACACCAUGCCACUGGAGUUCAAGACUCUCAGGGCGCUGCACAGACAGGGGGCGCUCUGUCUUCACACUGAGGCCUGCAGCACGACAACGUGAGCUCCAUGGCUGAUCUUGUGACAAACCGGGACCUCUGUGAAUUAUUUACCCAGAGCGGCCUCCCGCCUGAGGCGCGGAAGGGUAAACUCAGGUGUUGUCUAAGGAAAAUCCUGCAGUGAGCUGCCAUAGCGAGUCACGCACAACAGCUCUUAAGCAUUUUAGAGAGCCUGCAUACAUAACAGCAUGGAGUAACCGUUUAUUUAUUACAAAAGAAUGCACUCCCUGAAUUCUCUCUCUCAUUAUGGAUCAGUGACUGACCGUUUUCAUACGCCUGGGACCAAACGGGUCGAGUUUUAAAUGUCUCUGUUUGUGCUGAGUGUAUUUCUGAGUGUCGUAUUGCCAUCAUACAGACCCGCUGUGAGUUUCUCAGUGGAACGGGGAGGGCGUAUAUUUCUCACUUGUCCUUUUGGGUUAUUUAAAUGCAGAAAUGUUUGUAUUCUAGAUGCCCUGCCCUGUUUGAACGCAGAUUAAAGGGUAGAUGUGUUUUAAGGAAAGUGGGUUUGCACACGGCCACCUCUGAUCAGAAGGUAAACGGAGACGGAAGGGAGGGUGCAGGUUGGAUCCUGGAGACGCCCAGUCAUUUACACACUGGGCAGGUACAGCUACCUGGGCUUGACUAAUAGCACCACACUGUUUGUUUUUAAGUGACUAACUCCUGCAUACUGAGUGUCGCCUGUGUGUGAAUGUGAUUAGUGCAUCUUCCUCCAGCUGUGCAUUAAAAUGAACAACAUCACAGGUGUGGCAUUGCAAACCCCCCCCACCCCCAAAAAGCACUGUUACGUCUGAAUUUUAAGAGUCUUCUCUGAUCAUUUGUGGUUCUCAAACGCUGGUCUGUACAGGCUAUACCUUCACCACUGGACUAAAAUAAAAGUGUUUCCCUGCCCUACUCUAAUCUGGGUAAGACACUAUUCCACGUUCACCCUAUAAAACACUUUUUUUUGGUAUCACUCUACAGUUCCGCUAGUUUAUUUUGAAGCAGAACUAGUUCAUGUGCCUCUAAGUCACAAUCUAUGGCAACUGUGAGCCAAUGUAACCAACUUCUGUGACCUCUUAAAUGAAGCAUGACAGCUUUAGCAAAAGAGGGGGGACAUUUCUACCCAGCUCACCUGUGAGGGGGUGGGGGGAUCUCAUCAGCGAUGUUGUAUUGCAUUUCUUUGGCACACUUCAACACCCAUCGUAUUUUAUUUAUGGGAAUCUUAAAGCCUUAAUCUGUAUGAUUAAAAAUAAAUUAUACAUAA